GUCUAAACGAAGAAGAUAGACCAGACUCUGCCAGACAAUGGCAUGAGUUUAGUGAUAAUUUCAUCACAAACUCUCUUCCAGUCAUUAUGCAUAAUAUCACUUAUCAUGCUAGUAACAAACAA